GGUCUACAGCCCGCCCCUGCCUCGGAGGUUCUUGGUGAAGGUUGGGACCCAGAGUGUCUCCGCCCCGCCUGUGCAGCUAGGAGUGUGCUUUGGGGAGGAUAGGGGCAGGCUAAGGAAGACAAGGACCCCGAGUCGUGCCUCUGUUUGCCUACCCCCUCCUGCCCCAGGCCUUGGGCUGCCCCAGCCCAGGGUGUUUUUUCCUUGUCCCUCUCACCACCCGACCCUGGCCCAACAUGAUAUUGACUAAAGCCCAGUACGACGAGAUAGCCCAGUGCCUAGUGUCUGUACCGCCCACCAGGCAGAGCCUGAGGAAGCUGAAGCAGAGGUUCCCCAGUCAAUCGCAGGCCACUCUGCUGAGUAUCUUCUCCCAGGAGUACCAGAAACAUAUUAAAAGAACACAUGGCAAACAUCAUACUUUGGAGGCGAUUGAAAAUUAUUACCAGAGGUACCUGAAUGGAGUGGUGAAAAAUGGAGCUGCCCCAGUGCUCCUGGAGCUGGCCAAUGAGGUGGAGUAUGCACCCUCAUUAAUGGCUCGGAUUAUAUUGGAGAGGUUUCUACAAGAACAUGAUGAAACUCCACCCUCCAAGUCUGUUAUAAAUAGUAUGCUACGGGACCCUUCUCAGAUUCCAGAUGGAGUUCUAGCAAAUCAGGUCUAUCAGUGCAUUGUGAACGACUGCUGUUAUGGACCACUGGUGGACUGCAUCAAACAUGCCAUUGGUCAUGAGCAUGAAGUCUUGCUAAGAGACUUGCUUCUGGAGAAAAACCUGUCCUUCCUAGAUGAAGAUCAGCUCCGUGCAAAGGGUUAUGACAAAACACCAGAUUUUAUUUUACAAGUACCAGUUGUAAUGCUUUGUCCCUUAGCUGUAGAAGGGCACAUAAUUCACUGGAUUGAAAGCAAAGCCUCAUUUGGUGAUGAAUGUAGCCACCACGCCUACCUGCAUGACCAGUUCUGGAGCUACUGGAAUAGCCUUUGUCCUUCACCUGGAUUUAUCCGGAACUGUCUCUUGUCAGGCAAAGAUGAUGGGAAGUGCCCUAGUGAUUGCAAAGCCAAGCAAAUUUUGGGCCCACCAUAUAUAAAUUUCCCAGGGCUUCAUCUCUUGGGACUCUUUGGUACAUGAUUUCUUCUUUGAACAUCUGCAGAGAAAUGACCCCAAUACAGGGUUGACGAAGGUCUGAAGAAGGAGUAGAAUCAAAAUCUAGAGUUCUGUCUUAGAAAUAACAAGUUGGAGAUGCCUACCACAACAUAACCAAGUGGAAAUGUCAAGUUCCUGAUCAAAUAUCAACUCUGAACAUCAGAAGGAACCCUAUCCCGGAGAGGUGAAUCUGGAAAUCACUGUAUAUGAAGGGCCAAGAAGAACGUGUAGGAAAAGAAAUUGGUCUUGCCGUUACAAUGGGCUUGGAAGUUCAGAGUAUAUUAUUUAAUCCAAGAAAGCAGAACAGCUUUGAACAUAAACUACUUCAACAAUUUCUCUUAUGAAUGAGGUAAGAUGAGAAGAAAAUACAGUCCUCAUGAAACCCCUGAAGAACUCUCUGCUCUCUUCAACUCUGGUGAGCAGUUACGUAUGAAUGAUUGUGAACUUUAAUGUCUCUUCCACCUCUUUUCCAUUUGCUUUGUAAUAAUAACUAACUUCCCCUAUGUAGCUAUCGGCUUUCCAACUGAUAUGUCCCCAAAUGAAGAACAUGUGUAACAAAUAUUUGUCAUUGCUACAAUUAAAGCAGUGCUCUGUACAUAAAAGACAUUCAAUAUGUGUGUGCAUCCCUUAGGGGAACCAGGAGGAUUGUUCUCCAAUAAGGAGAAGAGUUUCUUGUCCUGGGGAAAACAGUAGGAUGAAAUGGGAUAUUGCAAUUAUUGACCCUUUUGUUCUGGAACAACAUCCUACUUUUUUUUUUUUUUAACUAAAUUACCUAGAAACAAGACAACGCUAUAAAUUAUUCAAAUGAAAUGACAAAUUCAAAAGGUCAGUGCCACUUCUUCACUGGGAACUAAAUCUGUUUGGCACAAUAGGAGCUUGAGAAGUUACUCAUUAGUAGAGAUUUGAUUUAAUUUUUUUUUUCAAAGAAUCCUGAUUAUCAUAAACUGAUGGGCAGGAGACUCUAUGGAUCAAUGCACUCUGCUAUUCCAUGUCAGGUCAAAUUCAGAACAGAGCAGCAGCUCUCAUCACCUACACUCAUUCACUCAACAAACAUUCACUGAGUGUCUCUCACGGGCCAGGUACACGUCAAUAAGGCUUAUCCUCAAUUCCCAAGUAACUCAGAGUAUGUUCACGGUCUGGUAAGAUGUUACUGCCUGGGAAUGGUACAUAGGGCAAAAGCAAGGUUUUCUCCAAAGCAGAACUUAUUUAGUUAGGAACCUUUCAAAUGUUUCAUAUAAAAACCCAAUUCAUAGCUGUUAUGGUUUAUAUCUAGCUCUCCCCCCAAAGCCUCAAGCGCCCAUAGGUGGGGCUUUCGGGGAGUGAUGGGAUCAUGAGGCACGAUGCUCAUGUGCACAUUAAUCCACUGUGUGUGAUGUUGCGAGUGUGAUGCUUUGAUGGUGGGAGGCAGUGGGGCACUGGGGCAUGGUCUGGGAGGCUCUGCCUCCCUUCUCGCUCCUCCUGUGAUCUCUCUGUGCUUCCUGUCUACCAUGACAUGAGCAGCCUUUCCUCUGCAGUGCCCCUCUUCCAUCUGCCUUGAAACCGAUGGACAGUGGACUGAAACGUUUACAAACUGUGAGCCAAAUAAACCUCUCCCCUUUUAAGUUGUGGGUUAUGUAGCAUUGUGUUCCAGCAAUGAGAAAAGUGACUAAGACAGUAGCUAAAUACUGUGUGACUAAAGGAAGAUUCCUCCCAGCCUAAGACUCAUGAUGAUGACAUAUGUCACAAGCAGCAGCUUGUUCCAGCGAUGUUGAAAUAUCCAGAGAAAGAAUACCUUUCAGAAGAGCAGUGAUCGAAACAGAAGUUGCAAGAAUAAGAAACAGAGGGAAGCAAUGGGCAGUGCACAUCCAGCAUGGGCAGAAUUCAGGAAGAAAGUCUCUCUCGUGGAAGUGAGGCAUUGGGUUAGCAAGGCCAAUUAAAUUGGAAUCGUACACUAAUCGUAUUCCAGUUCUAUACACAUCAAGCAUAUUUCUCAUUACAUUUUGGAUUCUCACUUAUAUUUCUCUUUGCCUGUGAGAAAGCAAAUCAACCUCGUAUCUAUGCUUUUUGAAGAGUCUUGCUAUGUUGCCCAGACUGGUCUCAAACUCCUGUGUUCCAGUGAUGCUCCUGCCUCCACCUCUAGCUGGGACUGUAGGCACACACCACUGGGUCCAGCUUAUAUUUUGUAUUUUUAAUUAAGUAAAUUGGAAUUUUAGUUUACAUAUAAGAUGAAUGUGUGCUUGGCUUCUGUGACUCUGAGUGUUGAAUAGUUUGAAUUUCAGAGCUUGCACCGAGGUAAAUGCCAAACUGGGAGGUUCUUUGUCAACCAGCCAGCUUCUCCAAGUGAUACCCUAUCCAGGGCAUAGUUGUACUUUCAAGCCCCAACAGAAUUCCCUAGAGAUGCUAAAUCUUGCCAUGCCUGUUAGUAAUACUUCUUUGUCUUUGACAUUUUCUUUUUUCCUUAGUGGGUAAUCUUUUUUCUAUUUGGGGUUUUUCUAGGCAUGAAUGGAGAAAAAUGGUUAUAAUUUCUGUUUCAAGUUAAGAUAUUUUUCCUACAAGUCAGGAAGGGAUUUCAUGCCUGACAUACAGAUCCUUAGGCCCAGGAUGCCAGGUGCUAUAUAUUUCUGCUAAUACUGGUGACAGUCAUUAUGUUCUUACUCUAAGAACCUGGAGAUAAGUAGCAGCAGGAGUUUAUGACAUUCCUCCAUGCAGAGGUUAAAAACAUGAAUAGGACAUCUCCAUAUGAUAGGUGAUAGGUUACAUAAACCUAAGACAACGGAGACAAACCAGCCUAUAUCUUUAGAUUUGUGAGUUUUUCUAAUGAAGGCUGUAAGAUGUUAAUUACUACAAAAAAAAUGCCUUUUGAUUGCUUUCCUUUGCUCCUGAUUAAAAAGAAAGCAAAACUGUAACACAGUUCUUAAAUUUUAAACUGUAUCAUAACUGUUAAUGCUUUUUUAACAAUUCAGUUGAUCACUGCAGGCAAAUGGGUUUCUCAUUCAUAAAUUCUCUGAUUGUCAAAACAGUGUACAUGAUCGUUUAUCACAAUGUAAUAUAUCUUAGAAAACAAUCAUAACAUAAAGAAGACUUUAUGUUAAGGACAGCCUAUUUGGAUAUAUUUUAAAAGCAAGCCUCAAUUGGCUGUUUACUGAUUUCUUGCUGUGAGCAACAUAGCAUUUUCUUUUGGAAGCGUUUAAGAUUUUAGUUGCUCCGUGGUGUUGUAUCUGAGUUUCUGAACUGUCUCCCUCCCUCCCUCCCUUCCUUGC